CGCCCAUUGAUAUUUCGAAAAAAAUAUUUUGAAAACAUUCAGAUUUAUCGUGUUUUAUUCGCAUUUAUAGGCAAAGGAAUUGGUACUGAACUAUUUCAAGAUAUAAAACAGAUAUACAGAAGAUUAAUGUAAUCCUUAAGAUAUCAACAAUUUCGGAACAACAUGCUCUAAAGAAUGGAUGAAAAGACAGGUUUGAGUAACAAAGAGAACCAGGUAAACACAGGAUGGCCAGGGCCCCGCACAGUCAUAGUUCCUCGCACGGAGAAUGGCUUUGGCUUUACUCUGCGUCACUUCAUAGUCUACCCACCUGAGUCUGCCAUUCAGGCCUUGCAGAAGGAGGGUAGUCUUGAUGGGGAAUAUGAUAAUGAAGGGAGGCGAUGUAAGCCAAGGAAACUGAGUGCUUUAGAACCCAUGGACACAAUCUUUGUGAAGCAAGUAAAAGAUGGCGGUCCCGCUCAAAUGGCAGGACUUAAUACGGGUGAUAGAAUCGUGUCAGUGAAUGGGGAAAGUGUAACCGGGAAGACAUACUCACAAGUUAUUGCCCUCAUCCAAGCAAGUGAUCGCCAGCUUAAGCUGCUAGUAGUGCCUAAAGAUGAAGACAUACUACAGAUGGCCUAUCACACCUCAGCCCACAAUCCUAGAGGGGAAAAAUAUCGUGUCCAUGCCAACGAGAUCCCAAACCCACCCCCUUACUCCCGAAUGGCCCGAAUGCAGAGUGCAUCUUAUGCUACCUUUCAAGGGAAUAACGCAUCUAGUUCAGGCUACCGCGAACUAGAUACAAACGCUCGUCCAAGGCCCUAUACGUCAGACGCUGCACGAAAUAGAAACUCUAGCUCAAGUGGAAGCCUUACUAGUUUAAACUCUGCACUAAAUCAAAGAUCUCCAACCAAAAUGGAGCCGUAUACUAGGAGCAAUUCUGGCUCCAGUGCUCCUUUAAGAACUAUUACAAAAAAUAUUGCAAUGGCACAACAGCGAGAGUAUGAGACACAAUAUGGAAGUCAGGAUAGUUUAACUCGGGGGAGUGAUAAUUCAAACAUGCGAAGGUCAAGAGAGAAUCUUAUGCGACAAUCACAGGAAAAUUUAUUUGAUAAUGGAUCACGGAGUAAUGUUCAGCAUAGUUCAAUGGAUACUGUACCCCAUAUACAAAGAUCUAGGGAAAAUAUACGACACUCUAGUGAGAAUUUAUAUCCUGGUAUUGGCCCACCAGUGAGUCAGUCUUACGUUUUAACUAAAUCUGCUACAAGUGGGGGUUAUAUGCCACCUCCGAAUGUUCAUAGGACUACUGUAACAUUCUCCAGUGCUGACUCUCAAGGUCAUUAUACCCCUGCCCCAGCAGUUUUUCAUCCCGUGCAGUCAACUGCACCGAGUGGCUACAGCCCGCUGAACUCGUCUGGUCAGUAUGUGUCGCAGACGUCAACAGUGUAUCCAUCGUCAUAUUCUAGCCAAUCAGAGCCUAGGUCUCCUCCGCUUAAGGAUAUACGAUUUUUACCAGCUUACUCAGAUGUCUCUGAUACUCCGUCCCCGGGAGAGUUAAACCGGAGUGAAAUUCGGUACCUCCCUGCCCACGGGUCUUCUCGUAGAUACCGAAGUCCUGAUCCCCAAACACGGUCUACUCCUUCACUAUCUUCUGUAUCAAAAUCCCAAAUUGACCCCAACAGGGCUAAUUAUCUCACUGUGGGAUAUAGACAUGAAACGAAGCCAACCACAGUAGCACAGUCCAGGGAUCUAGGGACCUGCUACCUGAAGCCCCCAGAAGAGGGGUAUGGGGGCUAUACACAGUCCCAGGGCAGUGUCCCAAACCUGACUAAAUCACAGUCCUUAGGUUUCACUUCCCACUCGACAUCAGCCCUCCCUAGCCAUACACAUAGAUCCCCAGAGACAACAAUACAAAUACAAACCAAUGCCAAACGGCGACCUAGGAUUGUUUCAGAGCGGAAAAAAUUAUUUGAGAUGGGGCAAAGUGGGGAUAGUUUAGACAGUGGGGAUGGAGCUACCCCACCUAAUAGUGCACAGAUUGAUGACUAUUAUAAGGAUGAACUUGAACAAAUUGAGAUGAUGAAACAAGAAGGAAAAGUCAAAAGUGUUGCACUUAGGACAGCCAUGUUUGAAAGUAAAAGUCGCGAGACUGCUGAUGAAUAUGAAAGUGACUCAUUAAAAAGGCGUCGUUUAAGUGCCGAUAUGCGCCGUCAGUUUAUGUUAAGUCCAGCAAAACCUUUAACUAUACAGGAUUAUAAUAAAGAAGCACCUCAUUCUACAGUGGCCUCGUAUUCAACACCUGUGUAUUCAUCCCCUAGUUAUUCAUCAUCUUUGACCCCUCCAUCAGCCUCCAGUCCAUAUGGAGUAUACGCCCAUCCUUCUCAAGCAGUAACUCUCAAAUCCUUUCCACAGGGCUCCAAAUAUGGACCCACAAGUUCAUCUGAGGUUUCUAUGGUGUUUUCUCCACAGUAUUCAGACUCCGAUUCUAUCAGUUCGAGCCGGGGCACUAUUACUCCUGAUAGAGAUUCGAUGAGGGAUCGUGCCUGGUCAGAUGAUCAGAGGUUGACCAGACGAGUUGUGGGAGUCGCCAGGCAGCCAUCCUACCUUAAUGCCGUAUCUGCACCCAAGAUAAGAUCAGCCCCACCCACCAUAUCUGAGGCUCCAUUUGUGUGGUCUCCAAUGGUUAUGUCCAAUGAAGACUCCAGUGGAAGCAAUGUACUAGCGCCAUCCAUCACUACAACUGCUCCACCUGGUGGUACGUCCACAUCGGUUGUCAUGAGGCAGCAGAGACCACAGGAAGAUGAUGACAUCAAACUGUACAGACGCACAUCAUAUCUUAUGGCAACCAAGGAUAAACCAGCCAUGAACUUACCAUUGGAAGAUGAGAAACCACAAUGUCCACCAAUAGCUGAACCAGAGCAGGCGACGGGGCGAACUAUCGUUAAAAUUAUGAUCCGAAGGACUACUCCUACAAAACAAACUGGAGCAAGUAACAUGAAAAAAAUCAAGGCAUUCUUCGGAGAAAGGACACCUAGAAUUUUGGAAGCAAAGGGAGAGACGAGUCCUACAUUGGAUGGGGCUGAUAAAGAUGGUGCUUUGAAUUGUAAAGUAGCUGUAGCAGACGGAAAACGUGCAAGUGACCGCUCUUGGAAGACAUUUUGGGUUGUGCUUCGUGGCCACUUGUUGUACCUAUAUAAGGAAAAACGGGAAAAAGAUCCGAAUUCGGAUGUUCCUGCGCUGUAUGAUGAAGCCCCCAUCAAUAUUGCCUCCAGUAUGAUCGACAUUGCCUACGAUUACACCAAGCGUAAGAAUGUAUUUCGGUUGACCACCUACAAUGGAUCAGAAUUCCUGUUUCAAGCAGAAGAUCAGGAGAGCAUGUUGUCAUGGAUACGAGCAAUUCAAACAAACAACAAUCCAGAUAAUGGUCCUGACAAUGGUCAGCAUGAUGAGGCAGUAGGCAGCUGGAGCAUAGCUAGCAUAUGGGGCAAAUUUAAAAAAUCAGUACAGGAGAAGGGUGGAGUUAACACAGAUUUGAUAAUCCGCAAGACAAAUGCUGCAAAUGAGAGUUGCCCACCGCCCCAUAUGCAAACUAAGUCACCACAAGUGUCUCACAAACCUACAAAAAAGACUCUUUCUACCUUGACCCUCAGGGCCAAGUCCCCUGGGGCUCACUCCCCUGCCCCCAAGCAUAAGAAAAAUGCCCCAGACGAGUCUCCAAAAAGUAAGGAAACAAAGACCUGGAAAGGGAAGGUGGUGAAAAGUUUCAAAAGAUUUGGUUCAAGUUCAUCUUCUGCAACUGUCGCAGAAGAGGAAGAGAUCCAAUACUCUGGCAUGUUUGCUGUUCCCUUGGAGUUGUGUACACCUUCUCCUCUGAAUGAGUUCAUCCCUAUUGUUGUUCAUAUCUGUACAACAAUUGUUGAGGCCAAGGGCCUGGAGACUGUGGGAAUAUACAGAGUACCUGGCAACAAGGCUGCAGUGAACAGUCUGGAGGAAGAACUAAAUAGGGGUGUAGACCAAUUGAACUUGGAGAACGAAAAAUGGUUUGAUGUAAAUGUCAUCAGUAGUCUCCUAAAAUCUUUCCUCCGCAAACUGCCAGAUCCCCUCAUCACAGAAGAUCUGUAUCACUUGAUGAUUAAUGCCAACCGCCUAGUUAAGCCAGAGAAGAGGAUGUUACUAUUGAAGAAACUUCUGCACGACCUUCCGGAACAUCAUUUCGAAACCCUCCAAUUCCUUGCUGCUCAUUUACAUAAAAUAGCAGACAAUGGAGAUUUAAAUAAGAUGGAUUCGCGGAACCUUGCCAUUGUAUUUGGUCCUACAAUCAUACGAACCAAUGAUGAAGAUGUGUUACUUAUGGUUAGAGAUAUGUCUGAUCAGUGUAAGAUCAUUGAGAGCAUCAUACAACAUAAUGAGUGGUUCUUUAGUUCGUGGGAUGUGGACAAUGAGGUACCAGUUGACCUGGUAGCAUCUGAUCAACCUACAACUGAUGCCAUAGCAAGGACAACUAGUGAAGAGGAUCACGAUGAAUCUCAGAUUCGAACCAGGGAUCUAGUGGCAAACAUCAUUUCGGCAGCCAAUAAGAAGGUCACAGUGAAAGGAAAGAAAGAUAGCACUCCGAGUCCACCUGAAGAGACUGAUGCGGACUGUGGGUUUAAUGAACGUAACAUAGACUUAGAAGUAAGCAGACGGAAGGACACCAUCCAAUUAAAUGAGGUCAGCAGUUCAAGUUCCAUCUCAGACUCUAAACCUGAUGCCUCAUCAUCUAAGAUAGAGAUCAAUGUAAAAUCUUUGAGAGACGCAGCUCCUUCCUCAAGAGGAAGUAGUGCAGAAAAGGACGCUUUCUCGCACAAAAAUACAUACAUUGAUCCUGAAAUUCCCUCUAUUAAUGUAAGGAGUUAUUCUCAUAGUUCGAGUGAAUCACGAUCAUCGUCGGUUGAAAAUAAUCUUGCCACCGUAAAUGAGGAGACAGACCGUGAGCCAUCUGGGAAAUACUACGUUGCCAAAUACCCCGGUAUGAGUGAUAAGGAUAAAUCUAAAUCCUCUGAGGAAAAUAGUCCAACAAGGGAACGAAACUCUGAUGCCAUGUACUUGAAUAAGACUUAUGGCAGUAAUCAAAUGAUGCAAGAUAGACUUCGGAUGUUAGAUCAAGAAAAAGAAGCUUUGAGGAAAAAGAACGAAGAGAGUAGAAUUGAACAUGAAAAGCGGGAACGUGAACGCCAAAAAAUAGAGGAUGAACUGCAAAAAACCAAAAUGGAACUAGAAAAUGAGGAAAAUGAUAUUGAUUUGAAGAAUUAUACGAAUAAACUCCGGAAUAACUCGGAUGACGCUUCAGUUAGUUCAGAUAUUUCUACAACUUCCUCGGCUAAUAAUCCACUAACAUUAAAUGUUGGAUUUACGACAUCAGAUUAUUCUAGUGCAGCUUCUCCUACAUUGACUGAUGUUAAGUCUCCCUUACCUGCCACAUCGGAUUAUUCCACAUGUAAUUCACUGAGUAGUGUCAGUACUGGGGAGCUAAAAUCAGGCUCUCCUUCCGGCACUUAUUUCCAACUUAGUUCAAAGGUCGAUCAUUCCAAUAACAAUGUCUUGCAAUUAAAAGACUCUGAGUCAAAGCGUGGGAGGAGAUCACCACGACUUGUAUCAUCCAGCAGGAGUUGGUCAUUCGAUAGUACAGACUUUGAUACGCAGAAAGUUGUAACGCAAGGCAAUACUGCGAGACAACGGAGGCGGAUGGAUACGACAGAAUGUAAAAAGGCUCAAGAUGAUGUAGAUACAAACCAAAGUGCCAAUAAGUUAAUUGUGCCCACGUUGGGUCGUUCAGGGUCGCUUGAUUCACUGCGAGAUUUCUAUGAUCAAAAUGACACUAGGAACUCAUAUACAUCGAGUAAUUCUGACGAUGGCAGUGACUUACUCUCGAGUAUAACUGCUACUUUAGAUCUUAAAUAUAAACUCAAUGGAAAUAGUGCUAACACCAAGCGAUCAAAAUCUAGUAGUAAUAGUUCUCAAAGUGCAACUAGUAAAGACACCACUAAGAAAUCAUUAGCUAAACAUGUGCCAAUAACUGAGGAACCUGUCACAAAACAACAGGAAAAACCAACUAUAUGUGUUUCAAAAGAACCUAAACCUAAACUAUUUCGAGACCCUAGUUUACAUAGGCUUAAAAAGUCAGAGACUAUUAUAGGGAUUGCAUCUCGGUUUGAACGUCCUAGUGAACAAUCGGAUAUUUCCCCUUGUAGAAGGGGGUCUGUACCCGUUAAUUCUGACUCAAGUACUGUUUAUAGGAGAAAUCGAGCACGUUCAGAACCUAGGAAUUAUAACAAGGAUAAAGACAAUAAAAGUAAAACGUCUGUCGAUAAAAAGUCAAACUGUCUAUCUAAAGUUGAUAAAACUGAGGCAAAUAGACGGGAGAAAGAUCUCAAACGUGACAGUAGUUCUAGUAGUCAUAGUAACCAACACAGUGUUAGCAGUAAUCGUAGUGGCAGCUCUAGUGAAACAAAAGACAAACCUUCUCUAAAGACACUUACCAUAGAAAAUACCUACCAUAGCACAUAUACGCCAGUUUUUCCCAGUCCUGUCCAUAACAAAUCCAAGUCAGCUUCUCCGCAGGUGAAACGUAGAAAAAACAAGAAGGUUAAUCGCAGGCAUACUGUUGGGGGAACUAAAGACAUUGAUCAUUUUAAGGCCCUGAUGCAGGUGAUCCUUCCUUCUAAAGCAGACUUAAAGCUUACAGCCUGGGAGCGCCUAAAACCGACGCAAGAAUCCCCACUCGAGGAGCACAAUUUAAAAUCGUGGAUUCAGAAAGAGCGACUUAGGACCAGUAAUCCUGAUAUGUUCAGACAAUUACAACAGUCUCGAUCUGGAAGUAUCAAUGGAGACAUUAACUCUAGCAAUUCUAAAACCUCACCAAGUAGAAAUCGUUAUAGCGGGAGCGCAUCUUCCAGUAAUAACUGUUCUCCAUCAUCUAAGGGGAAAAUUCUCGAAUCCUCUAUAUGAGAUAUACUUCUUUGUUGAGUUUAUUAGAAUAGAAUUGAGUAAAACAAUUGUUAGUUCAGUUUUACUAAAUACAAUGCUCCUUUGCCAACUAAUCUAUAUGUCCUGAAAAUGACUUGUCAAACAAAUGUAUUUAAUAACUUGUAUGGAUAUAUAUAAUUUCGGAAACAUUGUGUAUCACACAUCAUUGUGUAUCACACAUCAUUGUGUGUCACACAUCAUUGUGUAUAAUAUUAUUAUGACAUCAUCUUGUUGACCAAGAUAAUGAAUGAAAUUAAGAAUUCAAUUAAUAAUUAUAAUAUAUAACAAUUUAGUUUUAUUUGAAAUUUGGAUCCAUAAUAGCUAUAAGAUGUUUAUUUUACUGAUACACUGACAUAACGAGGUGUAUUUGUCAUGUAAAAUUUUUACAUUGUAUUGUUUGGAUGACAGCAAAAUGUUAAAUGUGAUGAGAUAGCAGAGUUGCAAUUGCAAAGAGGGAGAACCAGCCAUUUCCCCCCACACCAAUUAUUUUUCAAAAUUUUAGAAUCUUGACUAAUCAGGGGCGUACCAAGAAAACUUUUGCUAGGCUGUUGCCUUGCAUGCUCAUGCCUGGCAACGUUCAUGACUAAUUAUUUGGCCUCACAUUGUUAUUGCAUUUUCCUCUAAAUUCACUGAGACGAUGUUUGUUACUUGUUUUACCAUCUGAGUAAAGAUGGCGUAACAGAUUUGCAAAUAAUGUGCCCUCUUAAGCUCAACUUUAUCGUCACUCUUCAAAUUCGUGAUAGUUCUUUGAGCCUUUAUCCAAUCAAAUAUUCUGAAAAUCAAAACACUACAUUUUCUUAUAUUCAUUUCACGUUUAAACUCCCAUAAAGUCUACGAAAGCUAAACCUGUAAUAGUUAAAGGGACAUGUGACUGAAAAGCUGGAGAAGGUUCAGAGUCAUUUACAUUUUAACAUGUCUGCUUCUCUCUCUUUAAAGCGCCUUGUAGCCGAAUAUUACUGUGGAGUUUUGAAUUUGGUGACAUCUUUUGAGAUGUACCACGUGCUUUUAGUAAUUAAAAAGUUCAAAGUUUAAUGUGAGUUGUAUAUUUUAGUUUUUAAGAAUGUACAUUUUUAUAUAUGUAUAUAAGGCGCCUGUGAUCCCAAUAGCUCUACAGGAAUCUACCCUGAGUUGUUAUAUUGAAAGAUAAUAUGUUUAUAUUCUGUUAACAGGGUCAGGCAUACAUAUUGUGCAAAUACAGUGAAACCUGUAAAGU